GCGGGGAGGAGGCGGGCGGGGGCGCGCGCAGCGGGAAGAGGGGGCGCGCGCUUCCCGGAACAGCUUUCGCUAAGAGAAGAGAGGAAGAAAAUAAAACCCGCGGCCGGAGCCCAAGCUGAAGCUGCCGCCGCUGCUGCCUCGGCCGUCUGGAGCUCCCCCGCGCGGACGAUGCCUGCGGUGGCCGCGCGGGGCUCGGGGCGGUGAGGGCCGGGGCGCAGGGUAGCUAUGGAGACCACGAGCGCGGCCCGCGGCGCCGCCUGACAGGUGUGGGCUCCGGCGGCGGCGGCGGCGGCGGCAGCGGCAGCAGCGGCGGCUCGGAGCAGCAUGUACGCCAAGGGGGGAAAGGGUUCAACGGUGCCCUCCGACAACCAGGCCCGCGAGAAGUUGGCACUGUAUGUAUAUGAGUACCUGCUGCAUGUGGGUGCCCAGAAAUCAGCCCAGACCUUUCUGUCCGAGAUCCGAUGGGAGAAGAACAUCACGCUGGGGGAGCCCCCUGGCUUCCUGCACUCCUGGUGGUGUGUGUUCUGGGACUUGUACUGUGCCGCACCUGACCGCAGAGAGGCUUGUGAGCGCUCAGAUGAGGCCAAGGCCUUCCAGGACUACGGCACUGUAGCGGCCCCCAGCCCCGUGAUGGGGAGCAUGGCCCCCAAUGACGCAAUGGCAGCCGGCGCCAUGGCACCUGGCUUCUUCCAGGGCCCCCUCGGCUCCCAGCUGCUCCCCCACAACCCCAACGCCCCCAUGAUGGGGCCUCAUGUUCAGCCCUUCAUGUCACCGCGGUUCCCAGGGGGCCCCCGGCCAACCCUGCGGAUGCCGAGUCAGCCCGCCGUGGGCCUACCCGGCUCCCAGCCCCUCCUCCCUGGUGCCAUGGACCCCUCCCCGCGUGCUCAGGGACAUCCGAGCUUGGGCCCGAUGCAGAGGGUGACCCCUCCACGGGGCAUGGCCAGCGUCGGGCCUCAGAGCUACGGAGGUGGCAUGCGGCCCCCACCCAACUCUCUCGCUGGCCCGAGCCUGCCCCCCAUGAACAUGGGCCCCGGAGUGCGUGGCCCAUGGGCCAGCCCCAGUGGCAACUCGAUCCCCUAUUCCUCCUCUUCCCCGGGAAGCUACACGGGACCACCAGGAGGAGGUGGACCGCCUGGAACACCCAUUAUGCCCAGCCCUGGAGACUCCACCAACUCCAGCGAGAAUAUGUACACCGUCAUGAACCCCAUCGGGCCGGCCGCCGGCAGGGCUAACUUCCCGCUCGGGCCGGGUCCGGAGGGCCCCAUGGCCGCUAUGAGUGCGAUGGAACCUCACCACGUGAACGGAUCCCUGGGCUCGGGCGACGUGGACGGGUUGCCGAAGAGCUCCCCCGGCGCCGUGGCCGGCCUGAGCAACGCCCCCGGCACCCCGCGGGACGACGGCGAGAUGGCGGCCGCCGGGACCUUCCUGCACCCGUUCCCGAGCGAAAGUGUAAGCGACUGCGUCGACUCCCCCCCCGCGGCGGCGUCGGGCCGGAGGGGCCUGGCGGGCAGGCCCCGGCGGGGCGGCCGGGGGGCCAGAGCAAGACCGUGACCGCGGCGGGCCAGUACUCGCCCGGGAUGACGAUGAGUGUGUGAUGGGGCAGAAGCCCCUUGCCCACUGGCAGCCUUGGCUUCUGCCCAGCGCCCGGUCCCGGACAAAGCCCAGAGAGUCGGGUGGUCUGCCGGGUGAGGGUCUGAGGUCACAUCUCGGUCAGCUGGACUCCUGGUCAAGCUUGGAAAGCUGGGAGGCCCCGCACGAAGGACUGUCAUUUUAUAAAAAAACGCAAGGACCUCAAAGACGCUCUUUCCUGUGUGGGCCCUUCCAGCCAUUGUUUUGCCCAGGGGGUCUUCUUGGGGAACCUUUCCCUUGGACAGCUGGGGGGGCCCUAUCAAUAAAUGUAACUUGGUUUUGGUUUUUGG